AUGCCCGACCAUGAAGGCUUGAUUCCCAUGUCAUCUAUUGUCCAAAUAGACCCUCACACAAAACAUUCUAAAAAACAACAAGAAGGCCAAGUAGUAAAAAAAGAGCAGGAAGGGGAUGAAACAGAGGAAACAGAGGAGGAGGGAGAAGAUCGCGCCUGGGUUGAUCCUCUUGCAAAUCCUGAGGAUCAUCACUGGCAAUCAAGUACAUCUCGAUCCCAACGGAUAAGAAAAAUGAUAAGAUUCAAUCGUAUCAAUCGUAGAAUGGUGUGGGAGCAUGCUGUUCAGUGGCGAUGGGUGUGGGGCUUCUUUUUCUUUGUUUUUAUUAUGAGUUCGAUCAUGUAUCACUACCGAAGAGAAUUACUAGAAGGGCUCGAGACGCUCAGUAAUACAGUAAAGGAGAUGGGAACAAGUGGUUACUUAUUGAUAGCAGGUCUUAUUUUCCUGAGUGCAUUUCCACCUAUGCUUGGAUAUGGAACAUAUCAGACCCUAUCUGGUUUUACCUUUGGAUUUGCCCGGGGGUUUCCGAUAUCUUACUUCGGUGCCCUCUUUGGUGCUGUGUCUUGUUUCUUAAUAUCCAGAAUAUGGCUCAAGGACAGAGUGAGACGUUUCAUGGCAGGGUACCCAAACCUACAGGCUGUUGUAAAAGCAGUUGAGAAAAAGGGUUUCAAGUUAUUUGUACUCAUUCGUCUUUCACCUUAUCCAUUCAACAUGCUGAAUAUGCUGUUUGCUGCAACAGAUAUUUCCUUGUACCAUUUUACUCUCGGUACAGCCAUCACACUUACAAAAAUUGCCCUCCAUGUCUACAUUGGAGCUAACCUGACAUCCUUUGCAAAACAUGUCUUGGGUGAAGAGGAAGAGUUAACAGACGAGGAAAAAAGAUCAGACAUGGUGCGUUAUAUUGCUGCAGGUGUAGGAUCUAUAUUAGCGUUUGGUGUGAUGGGUUACGUAUAUGUGGUUGCAAAACAGGCAGUGAAAGAGGCUAGCGAAGAGGAUCAGCAGGAUGAAGAGAACAUGGCGUUCCUGAGACCAGAUCGAGACCAAGCACAUGAUGAGGACUGGGUAGACUGGGAGGACAGUGAUGCCGGUUCAACCCAUGAAGGACACACUAAGCGUCUAUCUCCUUUGUCUCCAGAUCAUGUUUAA